CAAUAGGCCAGCUCAGACAGCAGAAAAAGAGCUAUUUAUGAGGUUCACUCGCUACAAAAAAGCCCCUACCGUACAAAAAACCCAGAGAGAUUUUGGCCCCCCAAACCCAUCCCAAGCGAGAGCUUUGUUUUGCUCCGGUUGACCGUUAACAGUGGCGACCGGCAGAAGCAGUGCCGAAUUCCGGUAGAGGCCCCGAUGCUAAAGACUAGUUAGAAGCUAAGAAUGGAGGUUUCAGCAUACAAGGCGGAUGGGAUUUUCGCCAAAGAACUUGAAGACGAGCUCAUGAAGUUUACUGUGAAAUCUGAGGACAAUGGCGGAGUUGAAGAACCACCCUUGGUUAAUCAGACUGAUCAGAAAAACAAUGAAGUUGAGGUCAACAUAACAGAAUGUACAAAAUCUAUGGGCAAUAAGGCUUUUAUACCACAACACCAGGACUCGACUGAGAGUGAGGGCUCGAGUUCAUUUGAUGACAGUGAUUCGGAUUUCGAGAAUUUUGAUAGCUUGGGUAACUCUGAAGCUUUGUCCGGUUUUUGCGGUGACAUAGAUGGAUUUGGUGAUAACUUUAGCUUAUAUGUUGUUCUACGGCAUGUGAUCUUUUCGAGUAUCGUUAAUUCUUUGGAUUCGUUUGAUAGGGUUGAACUGGUUUAUAUUCCCCAGAAGAAAAAACUGACAGCUCACUGGAGAUCCUUUAUCCAACCAAUCAUGUGGCGCUGUAAAUGGACUGAAUUGCAAAUCAAGAAGUUGCAGUCCCUAGCCCAAAAAUAUGACAGAGAACUUGAAGCCCACAAUAAGCGAAAGCAGAUUCAGUUAGAAGACACGUCAUUGGAAGAUGGCGUGAAGUCAGUCCCAUUUUCGCGGACGACUGCCACAGAUGACUUGUUCAAGAGGAAGAAAAGAAGAAUGAAAGAGGCAACUACAGAUGUAGCAGAAUAUAUGUCCCGUCAUAACCUUUUUUCGUAUUAUGAGAACAAGAAGAGUUCUAUUGAUGGUGCCUCAAUGAGUAACUUGUCAAAAAGUUCAGCUGCCCAGAAAGCAAACAUAGAUGAAGAGGUUUGGACAAAUGACGACCUAUCGACUUUUGUGGCUGGAGAUGGUGAUAAUUCUUUAGAAGAAAUACUUAGAAAGAUCGAGCUUUUACAGUCGCAAGCUGGCCAGCUGAGGAGCAGGGUCAAUAGAGUUAUUCAAGGAAAUGCCGAAAAGUUCCAUUUUGUCGAUGAACUCUUGCCCAUGCCUUUUGAAGCUCCAACUGCAAGCAAUGGUGAUGGUAUGGCUGUAGGAACAUACAUUGCAUCUCAGCUUAUGUCCGAGUAUAACAUGGGCGAUUUACAUGCCUCUGAAAGUGAAGUUACGAAUCACGGUGAAGGUGUUCACAAUGCUAAUGCAAGUACAGAUCAUGCUCCUUUUGCAGAUUCGUACAGAAACGUUGAAGAUGGAGCGCUAAUCGACAACCAGAGGGUCAAAGAAGAGAUUAAUUUUGAGGAAGUGAUUAUUAACCCAAGCCAAAAGCCUCCACUGAAAACCAUUGUGCCCGUUAAUACCAUCAGUCCCCAACUCGCAAGUGAGCCGAAUUUGCCGGCAAACAAUCGAUCAUCUCCAAAAGUACGGUCUGUUUCAAAAACAACUGCCCCAAGAACAAAACGAAAGAGGGGCUGGAAAAAGGGCGUUCGUCGCAAGCCUCGAAGGUCCACAGGUAGUUAGUUAGCCUGAGGUUCAAGCAAACUCAUGAGGAUCAAGAAAGUGAAUAAACAUAAAAUCUGGCUGGCAAUAUGAACUACAUGUGUGUUUUUGUUGGGGAGAAAAAUGUUGAUCUAACCUUUUAUUUUUUUCUUUUUCCGGUUUUCCUUUUUUUUUUCGAGUUUUAUUUUCUGAAUAUGUUUCUAUUCUUUAGUACAUAUUUAUGUCACAUGUUUGAUUUAUGUGAGAAUUGAAAAUUCUGUCUUGUGAGUGGUUUUGCUGAAUCUAUUUUAUGUAAAUCUAAUUAGCUAUUGUUAUUUUUAUCGACAUCUUUUUUUCCUUGUU